AAAAGGAAGUCGUUGUGUUCUUCGGUUGUCAGGCGUCGAUCGAGAUCACUGAUAGAUGUUUGGAAGAGCCGUGAAAAGAUUUCAGACCAAAUGGAAAUCCUACCGACACAGAUUUGUGCCAUGGGUUGUCCUGAAUAUCUCUAAAAACGAGAAAACUCUCCGACACGUGACAGAGAGCUCCCAGGACAAGCUGGUCCCGGAUGAGGAGGUGUCUCGGAGCCUGGUGCGGCUCUUCUCGGCCCUGCUGGGGAUUGACCGAACUGCAGUCCGAGCUGAUCCAGGUGGAGGUGACCCGAUGCUGGAACAGGCUCUAGGCUUCUCUAUAGACCGGAGGCCCAGCACUUUGCCCUUUGCAGGGACUGGAGUGUUUGUGUCCAGUGGGGCAGUACCCAAAGGAGCUACCGUGGCCAUGUAUCCCGGCACGGUCUACCAGCCCUAUGAACCCAUUCUGCUCCAGUCCAUCAGAAAUCCUUUUGUCUUCAGGUGCAUUGAUGGGGUCCUGAUUGAUGGGAAUGACAAGGGAAUCUCCAAAAUGGUGUACAGGUCGUGCAGUGGCAGGGACCGAGUCGGUCCUUUCAUGAUGAGUGACACCAGCUGGCUGACGAGCACUCCAAAAAAUCCACUAGCUGUGGGUCAGUACAUCAACAACUGCUCCGAUGAAUGGCCUGCGAACGUCUGCUAUCAGGAGUAUGACCUGCCGGAUGAGUUUCCCAUCGAGUUCCGCCAGUAUGUCCCCAACAUCAACUACAGCCAGGACACACGCAGACCUUUACGCUGCGUCGUACUUGUGUCUCUCCGAGAUAUUACAGCAGGGGAGGAACUGUUCUCCAACUACUACACCAUUGUGCAUUAAAGGGGUUGUAUUAUACAUGUCAUCUGCAAGAUGAAAUUUUCUAUUGUGAACAUUGACAUACCUUGGUAAUACUUGGCAUGAUGUUCACAGAGAUUAUAAUGUUGUGUACAUGCUGUGCCAUGAUGAGGAGAGAUUUUUUAUUUAUUGUUUUUGUAAGCACAAAUGUUGUGCUAAACUUACACUAUGAUUGUUUUUGCACUCUUCACAUGGUACAAGUCCGAGAUGUCAAGUGCUCCAGCUUCCUUCCAGGUCAUGUGAAUUGGUGACUGAAUUGGUCAGUUGUGAGUAAGAGUGUGCCAGUGUCGCCAACCGAACGUCCCCACCUAAAAAUCGGUCUGCCCUGCCUUCACUGCGCGUGCAUCAUUAGCUGCGGUUCACAGAUUAUCACCUUGUUUCUGCUUCAUACUGUACUCCAGUCAUCAUCUGUCUGAUAUCUGAAGCUUUUGUACAACAAUCAUUUCCGCAUAAAUUCAGCAUUAUUUGAUCGUGAAAGACAGAUGAAGCGAUCAGAGCGCCAUGGCUACAUGAGCUUCUAACUGAUGCGUUCACGGUCAUUUCAAAGCAUCAUCAAGUUUCGUCUCGUUUGUGCUUAAAACUGACUUUAUAAUGAUUUAAGAGGUUUUACUUUGUCAUCUGAUGGUUAAUAAUCCCAUGAAUCCAUUUGUUUGCUUUGGGUGAAGAGACUGUCUCAGACGAGCUGCUGUGGUCCCAAAUGACACAUGCACAGUGAAGACAGGCGGACCAAUUUUUAGGGGGGGACCAUUCGGUCUGUGAGUGGCCCAGUGAUACACUAGCUGACUGUUCAAGGUGUACCCUGCUGGGUUAGGCUCCAGACACCCCACCCCCCAUGACCCUUAGCUGGAAUAAGCAGAUUCAGAAAAUUAAUGAAUUUCUAUAUGAAUAAGUGGACUGCAUUUAUAUGGCACUUCUCCAUCUGAAUUAGAAGCUCACAGCACUUUUUACCUUGAUGCCUUGAGGUUCCAGAUGGGCUCUGUGGGUUUUCAGGUAUGGACCUUAUUGAUGUAGGUCACAAAGCUCAAAACGAGUUGUUUCAGGGCUAAAUUUUUUGCUUUUUGCUUAUAGCAGAGAAGUUUCUGCAUUUACACACAGAAUGGUUGCACUUUGAGGGUGUGUAACAUGAACUGUGAAGAUCAAAACGUGAUCCAAUAAUAUUUGACAAAUCAUUUGACUGUGACUGCCAAAGGAAGCUCAUGUUGAAGAUAAUCUCUAACUGCACUGGAUUUAAAGCCUAAAACUUUAUUAUAUGUCUUGAUGAUUUAAUAAAUUUUUAUGUUUAAAAAAGGCUCCUGUAUCUGCAGCUAAUAAUUAGGUCAGUCAUCAAUCUCAAUCUUUUUUU